AUGAAGCAAUUCACUCCCAUCGCCGCCCUCGUGGGUCUCAUCCCCCUGGUCAACGCCCACGGUUUUGUCACCAGCCCAACUGCCCGUAUGCCUGGUGAUGCCAUGGCCUCCGCCUGUGGUCAACAAGUCGAAAUCAACCAGCAGUCGGACAACUACGGCAACAUCCAAGGUGAACUGCAGGUCGCCAAUGGCCAGAGCGACUACAGUGCGAGCGAGUGCGAUAUCUGGCUUUGCAAGGGCUACAAGUUUGCCGACAACAAGGACAACGUCUACUCCUACACUGCCGGUGAGACCGUGGACUUCACUGUUGACAUCCGUGCCCCCCCACACCGGUGUUGCCAACGUACUUCUUCCAACUCCGUCAUUGGCAGCCCUUUGAUUAGCUGGUCUGUCUAUGCCUCGACCGCUACUGGUGUCACCAGCAACGAGACCGACUUCAGUGUGACCAUGCCCGAUGAUCUUGGUAGCAAGUGCUCUACUGCAGGUGACUGUGUGCUGCAGUGGUACUGGUACGCCGAGUCCAUCGAUCAGACCUACGAGUCUUGCGUUGAUUUCACUCUUGCUCCGGCUCCAGCUCUUCUGGCUCCAGCUCUUCUGGCUCCAGCUCUUCUGGCUCCGGCUCUUCUGGCUCCUCCAGCUCGGCUGCGGCCGAAACUACUGCGGCCCCCCUCUACCUCUGCCGCCGCCGAAACCACCGCUGCUCCUGUUGAGACCUCUGCUACCCCCGUGCUCUACGCUACCACAACCUUCGCUACUCAGGCCCGUCAAUCCGCUGCGCCCUCGGUCGAGGUACAGACUGCCAGCGCCGUGGAGACCACCGCUAGCUCUGCUGGCUCCGUCCAGCCCAUCCCCACUGAUGGCACUGCCCAGGAGCAGCUGAGCUUCGUUGAGUCUAUCAUGAAGUACCUGGCCAACAGCGAAUAA